AUGGCGAGACCCCAAGAUACGGCUUUGGCCCGAUUCUAUGGCCUCCCUAAGGUGCCCAAAGACGGCGCUCCUCUCCGACCCAUCGCGUCGCUCAAAGGGACUCCAACGUACGGACUGGCGAAGUGGCUGUUCCGGCGUCUCAAGUUCCUGACCGCUGAGUCAGACACCACGGUCUCUUCGUCAGCACAAUUUCUGGAGAAACUCAAAGGGGUAAGCAUCCAUCCAAAUGAGGUCAUGGUAUCUUUUGAUGUUACAUCCUUUCUUACUUCUAUUCCCCAGGACCUGGCGACUGAAACAAUCGAGCUGCUUCUACAAAGCAAAUACGAUGAAACGGAGAAUCGUCUUGGACACGUCCAAAUCCUUCAGCUCCUGAAGCUCUGUCUCAGUACGUACUUCACGUUCGACGGGACAAUCUACGAGCGGGUGAAGGGCAAACCAAUGGGUUCGCCGAUUUCGGGAUUCAUCGCCGAGGUGGUCCUGCAACGGUUAGAGUUGCUGGUCUUCCAACGCCACAAACCGAAGUUCUGGGCCCGGUAUGUGGAUGAUUCCUUCGUCUUGAUCGAAAGGGAUCAGUUGCUGCCAUUCCAAGAACAUCUCCAUGCUGUCCUCCCGGACAUUCAAUUCACGAUGGAGGAGGAAGACCACCCAAUCAACCACAAACGCAGUUGUGUAAGGAUGCUCUAUCGGCGUGUUGAAACGCACAGCAGUGAGCCGGAAGACAAUAUUGCUGAACUGCAAUACCUCCGACGGGUAUUCAAAGCCAAUGGCUACCCGCGCAAUUUCGUCAACAGGUGAGUACGCAAAAGGGGCAAAAGGCCUAACCGCACGGACACCAAAUCUUGGCGGGCGCUUCCGUAUGUCAAGAACGUUUUGGAAGCUGUCAGCCGCCUUCUCACACCACUUGGGGUUGGAGUGGCACACAGACCAGAGGCAACUAUCAGGCGUUAGGUAACGAAACCGAAAGACCCAGCACCACGGCAAGAAACGACGGGAGUCCCUUAUCGGAUCUGGUGCAGUUGCAGACAAAGCAACUACGUCGGAGAAAUCGGAAGACAGCUCCGAACGCGAAUUUCCGAACACGCUGUAACGGUACGGCGAAAUGACGCCAGCUCUCAAGUUGCGGCUCAUUCGACGAGACCCGCCCACACAUUCAAAUUCGACGAGGCCGAAAUUCUCGCAAGAGGUGACAACUGCGUGAGCCGGGAGCUACUGGAAUCAUGGUUCACUGGCCUCCAGUCCAUUAACAAGUGCAAUGAACUUCCCCUUCCAUAUUGGGUACUGAGACUUCGCCUGGACGGAGUAAUUAGCCACGCUGGGAGCGCACAAGUGAGCACUUUUUCCAACGCCAGGGUCGGUGGAUCAGAUGGUCGAGCAAUCAUCACACCAGCAUCCAACGCACGUGAGGAAAUUGCAGCAACUAACGACGCGAAUAUCGGCCAUCAAGCAAUUAACACACCACGUGCAACGAUCCGGGAUGAAGGGGGAGCAGUGAAUGUUCACAGGAAUGUGGUAGCAUGGUGACUGCAUCCUAUAAAUACUGCAGCCUCUGGUGCAUGAAUCACCCGUAUCUGCUGUCAUCUCUGAUGAUGGGUUCGAUCAGGAACCCGAAACGUCAGGCUCAUAAAGCUCUUAUCCCAGCGAUCGUGUCUCCUUCAUCAACUUUAGGUUACUCUGUUGAUCACCCAACAUUAUGAUGUUUUUCGUUGAACGAAUUGCAGUAUGAAGUUUUUGCCAGAAAUUAAAACCCUACCUUAGGUUAAGGUGCGCGAAGAAGUUUUUUCUCGAUUCAUACGACCGAGCGCCUGUCGAAAUUACUAAUGGCCGUAACCUCGAGAAGACAGAGCUUAUUUACGAUGCAAAUGGAUUUUACUGAGCUGGGUUUACGCAGCACUGACCCAGAUAUUUUUCUGCAGAACCAGCUCGUUUUAAUGACAGGAUCGGAGAGUCUUGUCCUGACAUUCACACGGAAGGUUAAUCAAGUAGUCGUCGAAAAUAGUUUCAAAAGAUACCCUAACAGGUGUAUCUCUGAGGAUGGGUUCGAGCAGGAACCGGAAACGUCGUUCUCAUAAAGCUCUUAUCCCAGCGAUUGUGUCUCCUUCUUCUUCACGUCUCUCGUAUGUCAUAAACAGGCAGAUUGGUUUGCAGACCAUGAACGGGCUUCGUGAAUUAGGCUUGCUGAAACCUGAUUUCUAAUCUUGAAGUUGGCAACAUUUACAUUUGGGUUUUAUGACGGCGCGACAGAUAAAAGUGCGUUAGUGAAGACGGCUGAUGAAAAAUUCACUGAAUUUUCCUGUUUAGUAUACUAUACUAGUAUAAUCCUGAGAUAGGUCUAAGGGAUGAAAAAUCGGACGAAGUUGAACAAACAUCCUCUGUCUCGUCUCACCUUUGUAACCUUCGUUUUCUCCUGACAUGUCUUUUAAAACAUUCUGCUUCCUAUACGAAGAACUCACAGAGCUCUGCUAUAAAGACUAGGUUGCAAAUGACCUAGAUUCCUCAGUAAGUCUGUUAACAUUACCUUAAUAAGCCUCUCUGAAACAGAAUACAACAAUAACAAGAAUAAUCAUGGAGCCCUCGGUUAGAUCGGCAUUGCCAUAAAAAUGUUUGCUUAAGUCUGCUACUAAAACUCCGAAAGACAGAAUAGACCAUGAUAUAAAACCAUUCCAGCGAUAUCUCAAAUCCCUCUUAAAAUGAAAUGAGAACAUCGCCGUCCUAAAGAACUUCAGGAUCUGCCAAAUAAAAGAACUCGGAGGAAGCGUCGAUUUAACCGUGACCGCAAUGCGGAGUGCGGAUAAAGCGCAGCUUCUGCCAAGCGCGAAACCAGCAUUCCAAAACCUCUCCCAAACAGUUUUUCAGCAAGAUGUAUCGCCCCUAGAACGGAGAAUUGGAAAGAACUCAAGGCAGAACCCCUCUGGAGAUCCGGCCUGGACGAUGUCAAUCCCAAACUACUUACGAAGAAGUUAUUCAUGUACAAAGGUUAUGUCUCUGGAGAAAGCCCACAAUUCUCACAACUUAGGCGCGAUGAACAUCAUUUCGCCUCAGUCUGCACCAGCAGGGUUUUGCAUCAAAUCCGACGGAAUUGUUAGACGCUUAUGUCGCAGAGCUAAUUAGGUCAAGGCGACUUCUGUCCAGAAUAUCAUCAUCAUUUCGGACACAGACCAGCUCAUGCAGUCGGUUUUAGAAAGACGUCCGGGUGUCGUUUCCAUAACAGAAACAUUGCUCCAAGCCGAAAUAAUGGAUGCCAAGAUUUCGAUGGAAGGAUGUCAAUCCUCUAGCCGAGACUGUCGGAAUAGACUGGGUGGUUGGAUAGUCGUAAACGUGAUGUCAGAACUUUUGACAGAUGAACGCACACACCCUCUUCACCUAGUAUAUGAAUCCAUUCGCAUAAACAUAAAUAGGAGUAAGUCACAAAACCCGGGAUUCUUGACGGUUUACAGAUAACCAAACCAGCCGAAUGCCGCAGACGAGUUAGUCCUGGAAGUGACUGGACAGUAAGAGGUUCUUAUUGCUGGGGGUUUUAACGAAGCCGCAAUAGGUUCGGAAAAGUUGGUCAAUGACAGCGCGUUUAGCUGAAAGCUGAUGGACCUCACAUUCGACCUUCCCCUUGCACAGAAUGUAAAGUUCUCACGAGUUUUGGAUAGAUCCAAAGGCCAGUUGUCUGGGUCUGGUGCUCACGAAAAUUUUCUCUAGCAUUGAUGAAGCGUAUUUCAAUGCACCUCUCGAGAAGAGUGGCCACACCACUCUCUUGUGGGAUUAACCAUUAAAUUUUCAGAACCAGCAGAUGGUGAAAGGCCAGCGAAGUGUAAGGAAAAGAGAAUUCAGAAUUAUGGGGAAUAGGUUUGCGUCCGAGAACUGGAACUUUUUGCUCAAGAGUGAUCCAGAGGAAAACUGCAGACUAUUUAAAAAGACCCCACUGAAUAUGAUUCAGGGCCUUUGUCCGGUUAGUUUAUCAAAACGACCAAUAUUUCUGCCUGGUUAACUCCAUUCAAGCAUAGAGUUAAGGAAUAAAAGUAGAAAAUGGAAGAAAUUCAGGAAAACUGGCUCACAUUGACAUUUCAAAAAAUUUCGUCGUCAGCGAAUUGCUGUUGUAACUCUGAUCUGCCUGGUUCAAGAGGAAUAUUAAUACAUUAUAAUUCAAUCACUCGAAGUUUUAAUUCUAUUAUGUCGAGAGUCGGCUAAACAGCAAAGACCCAAUCGGAGUACUUAGGUAUGAUAAUGAUGUAGAAUUCGUUGAAAAUUUUGAGAAAUCUGAAAGCUUGGGCCAUUCCUUUGCUUCUGUUUUCACUAGGGAGAUAAACUUUCGGUUUCACAAACGCCAGACUACCGUUGCAAACGCCGAGCGAGUGAUUAAAUCUAUUUUCUUCCCAGCAACUAUCGUAAGAAAGUUUCAGUCUUAAAAAAUCUAAGUCAUGGGGCCUGGAAAAUAUCCCAGUCGAGUUCACGGGGAACUUGGAAAACGAUUUAUUCAAGCCACUGAUGCAUAUUUUUUACUCGUUAUUUGAAUUAGGGAGACUGCCAUCCCAAUGGAAUGUAGCAAGUAUCUAGGCGAUACAUAAGGAUAGGGCUCGAAUUAUCGUGAAUAAUUACCGUCCCGUUCGUCCAACAUCUUAUAUGUUGAUAGAGGGGCGCUAACCGAUCGUUCUCACGGAACUCACUCGUCCCGUUUUGCCUUACGGGUCCUCACUCGAGCCCAUCCAGUAGUCACACAGCGGCGCACAGCAUAGGCAGAGUGCUAACGGGUUGCGGGAUCGAAAUCUAGCUGUUCCACACUUCGGGGUUCAUAAUGACUGUUUGAAGACAGCCCGAAAUGGCCAUUCCAGUCUCCCUUGUCUUUGUCGGUAACAUCAUUCCGCCUUUGUCGUGCGCCGCUGUGCGACCGUCAGUUUGGCUGGAGAGAGAGAGCCCGUAAGGCAAAAUGGUAUGAGUGAGUUCCGUGAGAACCAUCUCUGAGCGCUCCUCUACCAUUGUACAUUUCCGAUCGCAACCGGCAGGACAACUAGCCCGUGGCCCAGUAUUUAGAGGCGUUAGACUUCUAACUAACAGGUUGCGUGAUCGAGGCCCUAGGUGUUCUACACUUCAAGGUUGGGUAUGAUUGACUGACGACGGCUAACUAGCUAGAACUGGCCAUUCCUAUCUCCCCUAUCUUUGUCGGUAAUAACAUCCCAUAUUUCCCAAGUAAUUGAAAUCAGAUUUAAUAAAUCGAUAAUGAAAUUCCUCGAGGUCGACCACCUAUUGUCAGUGCAGAACGCGGCUUCAGACAAAACCAUUUCUGCCUUUCCACUUUUCUGCUCUCGACUGGGCUGUAGACUCGUGCACUGAAGUAGGAUGGUAGGGUUGAUGCCAAGAAGAAGACUUUCGUCGAUGGUCCAUACAGAGGUCUAGUUCACUAACAUUCUGAAACCGGGAUAAGAGGUGAAUUGCUGACGUGGGUCAAACAGUUUUUUACGGGCAGAUCGCAAACCGCAUGCACUGGUACUCCGAAGUCAACCCCAAAUUCCGUUUUAAGUGGUGUCCACCCAGGGCUCAGUUAUUGGGUUCCUACUCUUCUUAGUAUGUAUCAGUGACUGUGCCGACAAUCUAUGCUGCGGUGCCUCGUGUUUCCUUACGUUGUCAGACUCUGGCGAGCCAUCAGGUCUGACGCAUUUAGUAACGCACCUAAAGAUAUUCUUAACCGAUUUAGCGGCUGGUCUGUUUGAUGACUCCGAAAUUUUAGAGUUGGUAUGUGUGUGACCCUAAGGCUCCGUGCCAGUGGGGUCCAUAAUGAAGAUCAUUCUUUUUGAUACCUUCUUCACGGGCGAGCCCCUUCAUAUGUUUGCAAACAGAAGAACCAUGGCGUUCUGAUGAUCUUCUCACUUAACCCAUCGGUGCAAUGUUUGAAUGCAGUUAAACGAGCGAUAUAGGCUUUGUUCGCGCCAAAGCGAGCGUUUGUCAAAAUUGAUCGGAAACAUUUCGGCAAGACCUACAAGGCUGUCGUUCGGUCUUACUUAGAGUAUGUUACGUGUGUCUGGCAUCCGUAGCUCAAGAAGUAAUAUCAACUGCUGAAACGAGUACAGGUGAGGGCCAUGAAGAUGCUAAAGAAUCAUGGCAAUCAGUUAUUCAACAUUAAACUGACUGAACUUCAUUUUUUCCGCUCAAUUACAGGCAGCUAUGGGAUGACCUUAUUUAUACCUUGCAGCUUGUUGGGGGCCGCGAGUAUGUUCUAUAACUUCUUUGAAGUUGCUGGCACGUAGCAUCUGCAUAAUAACACGUUUUAACUGUAGAGGAAAUGGUUUUCUUACGACUGCCAAAUGAAGUUGUUGGAACCUGGAACUGACUCCUUGCUGCGGUGGUACUUUCAGACACUGUUGAGACGUUUAAAUGCGGACUUGACACCCAUGUCCUGAGAACCUACUUUAGAUGAUUUAACAGACAGGUUCAUUCACGAGCUGCUAACCGAAAUUCUGAUGCACGUUUUCGACUCUAAAAAAUUACAUAAGUAGAACUGCGAUAUUAGCCAUCAUGUAGCAUAAGCCCACAAUAACUCAGCCACUUCAGGAUGUCAGCUUUCGAACUGCUUCUAUUUAUAAGGUUUUUUCAAACCGUGAAAUGCUCGUACAUAAACCAUCAUGCUUCCGCAAUUAUUAAUGCUGCUUGCGAAGUUUGCAAUAUGCUUGAAACCCACUGCUGAAUUUUAUAAACCCCACAUAGUUUCCCCCCUAGAUAGUGCGGAAAUAUAUAAUUUUCCCUCUACGCAAAACAUGUAAGUAGGGUUGCGAGAUUAACCAUCAUGUAGCAUAAUCCCAUAAUAACUCAGCUGUUUCAGGAUGUCGGCUUGUGAACGAACUUCUUUUCGGCCGCCAUUAAAAACUAAAUUCCGUACAAAUUACUGUUUAAGUAGUAUGGAUUUUUCUCAUUGAUUUUCGAUCAUCUUAUGGAUUCUGAUAUAUUUCAUAAAAAAUAUGCAUAAAAAAUAUUUGCUCUUUGACUCAUUUGGUAGAAGAUUACGUCUUCUUCAAUUUUUUUAUUGUAAAGAAGCGUAUAAUUCAGUUUUUAAAAAGUUUCCAACUAUUAGGUAUUUUAAACCGUGAAAUGCUUGUCCAUGAAUUAUCAUGCUUCUGCAAUUACCAAUGUUAAUUGUAAAGUUUACAAUAUGGCUCAAACCCACUGCUGAAUUUUAUAAACCCCAUGUAAUUUCCCCCCUAGACCGUGUAGAAAUACAUAAUUUUCCCUAGACGGAAAACAUGGAGUUUGAAGUAAGUACGCCCCAAAUGCGAGUGUAACGGCAGGUCGGGCUCAAAAUCAUUUUGGAAUCGGAAAAGCUUUUAAAAACUGAAUUAUACGCUUACUUAAAAUUUACAGUUGGAAGACAAAGGAAGUUCAUUCAAAUACCGGGAUCCAUUAGUAGCUGAAUUAUUAUGGGAUUACGCUGUGAGUGCUUAGUAUAAUAACACUACUAAGCAAUCUUUUCGAGUCGAAAACUCAUUUCAGAAUUUCGAUUAACAUUUUAUGAAUUAACAUACCCACUGUAUACUUGUGUCAGUAAUAGCAUUAUGUGCCCGGCUCACAGUUGUUGGGGAGUUCGCACAAUCUAGGAUUACUGCUGUAAAAAUUAACGUUAUUGCCCCUUGAGAAAUCUCAAAAUCCAGUGACCUAUUCACAAAACGAAGAAGCUUAAAGUGACAGCCUUUUCACAGUCGUCUCCUAUCUCUCCCUAUUGAUAAUCUAUCUGUGGUCGUUACAUAUACUGAUCCUACUAAAGCCUCUGGUAAAGUGCCACACAGACACUCUCAUUAAAACUUGGGGUUUUAGGAAUUCCAAUCCCCCUUAUUGAAUUACAGUGAGCGACCGAUCUCAUGAAAUAUUGGCUGAAAAUUUCGUAAUGCGUUUUCGAUAAGGAAGGAUUACUUAGGUAAGGCUGUACUACUAAUUACCUUGCGGCAUACUCCUAUAAUAUUUAUCAUUCGGCAGGAUGACAGCUUUGGAAUACACUGCUUUUCAAACGACAGUGGAAACCGUGCUUGGAGAAAAAGACUACUUAAAUAGCAUGCAUUUUACCCAUUGAUUUUGGAUGGUCUUGAAAAUGCAAAUAUAUUUUUUAGAAAUCAAAAAAUUAUGCCUUCUUUCAUUCGCGUGAUAGAGAAUCACGUCAUCUUUAUAUUUUAUACGCGAAAAAGGAGUAUAAUUUGGUUUUAAAGAAGUUUUUGAUUAUGCGAUUUUUUAAGACAGCUUACUGUCCACUCAUAUAUCAUCGCACUUGUCCGUUUACCACGUCUUCUAAUGAAAUAAAUUAAUUGACUCCAUAUGCAUCUUUUAGACCGAAAUCGAUUAGCGAUAAUGCAAGGACUGAUCAGGUUCCACAUUAUUCGGCAAUCAGAAAACUUUCUCAAGACCGAAUUAUACUCCUUCUUCGAGUAUAAAAUAUAAAGAUGACGCGCUUCUGUUUUGCACGAAUAAAAGAAGGCAUAUUUUUGUGGUUUAUAAAAAAUAUAUUUGAAUUUGCAAGACUACCUAAAAUCAAUGCGUAAAAUGCAUGCUAUUUAAGUAGUCUUUUUCUCCAAGCACGGUUUCCACUGUCGUUUGAAAAGCAGUGUAUUCCAAAGCUGUCAUCCUGCCGAAUGAUAAAUAUUAUAGGAUUAUGCCGCAAGGCAAUCAGUAGUACAGCCUUACCUAAGUAAUCCUUCCUUAUCGAAAACGCAUUACGAAAUUUUCAGCCAAUAUUUCAUGAGAUCGGUCACACACUGUAACUGGGUCAUACCUAUCGGAAUGGAAAUAGCAAUUCACUAAAGUAUUAAUAAGAACGAAUGACGGAUUCCUCUAAGAUGCCGUGUUAGGUCCACUUAUGUUUUGUUUUGCAUUAAUUAUGUUCCAUCCGCAGACAAACACGCUCAGUUUUUUACAUAUUCUGAUGAUUUUAAAAGCCGCCUGCCCCUUCAGCCUGGAGUCCAACGUAGUUAGAGAAAUGGGCCCACUCAAAAUGCCUCCAUACGUGUAUCGGACCUUAAAGACUGUCUUAGUUAGGGAUUUUUUACGUGACUUUUUACGUAAUUGGAUGUUCCACCAUUAAGCACUUGGGUUUAAACUAAGAAAGCAAAACGGCCAAAAAUGCUGAAAUUUGCGGCCUUAUUUCAAACAACUUUUUAAUCAUUAAAUUAACAUCAAAAUUCGUUGUAUCCUUAUCCUUCCAUUCUCAAAUAUUUCUGUCCAUACUCUGGUUUUAUGAGCGAAUUUUGUGCCUCUAAAAUCGAAAAUGUCUAGAGAUAUUUAUCAAAAAACUGUUACAGUACACACAUCAAAAUGUUCCUCACGUAAACAAAUUCUGAUUGUCUAACCUACAUUUUUGUAUGAGGUCGGAGAUUAGAUGUUGUUUUCUGUAACUUUUUACGUUAAUAUUAGUACAAAUCUUCCUCUGAUUUCAGCUGUCACACAUAUUAACCGUCUAUAUGACAUUCGUAAUUCCUCCUCGAUUCUAUCCCCCCGCAUUCUCUAUUCUUCGCUCACAGUCGUACCUCCACUUGGCAUAAUCUUCCAAGUUUCAUUGGACUAUAAAAUAAUUUUUCUGCUUUUAAGGGACCACUGCGCCAUUAUAGAAAUACUGACUCGACCAACUUUUCAUAUCUUUCGUCCUUCCUUAGCAAUCAUCCCCAUGGCUUAGAUAAAGAGUCAUCGGAACCUCAGGUAAUCGUCUCCAUUCUUAUUUGUCCGCCUACAUUUUCGCCUCUUUGAGUGGCUUUGUCCCUUGUGAUUUGUCAUCGUAAGUUUUGAUUUUCUCACACAAGGUGUCGAGGCCUUCAUCGGGCUCGAUGUUUUCCCCAAUCCAUCUCUAGGGUACGCAGUCAGGGUUCUUGUGGCGCACACGUUCUAAAUCCCCUUAGUUUCAGCCGCCGUUCACCCUGAUCAGUAUCUCGUUCCGGACACUGUGAUGCCGUCCUCCCACCCCACAGUCGGUCCCCUCUUAGGUCUGCCACAACCUACCAUCCCUGCACACUGUAAUGACGCUUCGCAAUUUCUGGCUAUGGACCCAGGGUGGAACUAGCUGCCACCGCGAAUUCCCAUGUCAACAGAGUCAAGAACCGAGCUGAGGAAGCCUCUAAUUCAUGGGGGUCAAGCUCUCCACAGAGCCCUCUGAUGGGAGGUAUUGUUGAUAGAUCCCAGUGUGCAACUAUUCACGAUGCCUUAACAGGAUCCGCGGACGAACUUCACGAAGACAUAAAUACCAAUAUGGCAGCCCCUUCCUCUUCUCCAGUCCAUUUCGACGAGGCAAUAGGGCCAGCCAACGACGUCCGAAUCGCAGAAAACAGAGGAAUGCUUAACAAGGGCCACUGUGUCAUAAUUCAGGGCCUCGCAGAGUCCUCCGCCAGUUCCCCCAGGGAACGAAUCGCUGCUGACUUAGAGCAAUUCCAGAAACUCCUCAAUGAAAUGCUGCAACCAACAGAAGAUGUCACAGUCCUAAAGGCGUUUCGUCUUGGUAGCCGUACAAAUGCCGCUCCGAAGACGCGACCACGACCCCUAAAAAUCGUCCUUGGUAGCAAUGAGGAGGCGAAACUAAUACUUUCCAGGCGUUUUCGAUUGAAGCAUUCCCAUAAAGGAGUGUUUUUUCAGCCGGACUACUCACCUGCCGAGAGAAUGAAACGCCGCGAACUUGUCCUAAAAUUGAGACCACGGCAAACCAACGGAGAGAAAAACUUGACAAUCUACAAAGACCGGAUUGUCAAACGACAUUCCGCUCCCCUCUGGAUCAAGCCGAUCCGAAUGACUGCACAGCUACCCCAGUAG